CGCCGCCCGCCCUGCACUUUCGGCUUCCAGAAAGCGGCGGCCGCUGCGCCGCCUCCGCCCGGGGCUGCGGUCUCCUGCUCGACCCGCUGGCCAUGGAGCUCCGAGCAGCGGGUCGCAUGCACUCGGCGCGCCCCAGCCUCUCCUCCCGGUACCCAGCUCCCACCCUGGCCCAGCCCCAGCCUUGGAGACAGCAGCCUCCUGAGUGCUGAGAGCAGAAACAGCAUGAAGGCCUGGAGUCGGCUCCUGCUGGUCAUCCUGUGUUCCGUGGGCUUCUCCGCCGCCUGCUUCCUGCUCUGCUGCUGGGCCUGCCUGCCCCUCUGCCUGGCCUCCUGCCUGGACCCCCGCCUCACUCCCCAGGCCAGGCCCACCGUGCCAGGGCCCCUGCACUUUAAUGGCUACAGUAGUGUGCCGGAUGGGAAGCCGCUGGUCUGGGAGCUGUGCCGCAGCUGCGCCGUGGUGUCCAGCUCGGGACAGAUGCUGGGCUCGGGCCUGGGUGCCGAGAUCGACCGCGCCGAGUGCGUGCUGCGCAUGAACCAGGCGCCCACCGUGGGCUUCGAGGCGGACGUGGGCCAGCGCAGCACCCUGCGCGUGGUCUCGCACACGAGCGUGCCGCUGCUGCUGCGCAACUACUCGCACUAUUUCCAGCAGGCCCGGGACACCGUCUACGUGGUGUGGGGCCAGGGCCGGCACAUGGACCGGACCCUGGGCGGCCGCACCUACCGCACGCUGCUGCAGCUCACCCAGAUGUACCCGGGCCUGCAGGUGUACACCUUCACUGAGCGCAUGAUGGCCUACUGCGACCAGGUCUUCCAGGACGAGACCGGCAAGAACCGGAGGCAGUCCGGGUCCUUCCUCAGCACCGGCUGGUUCACCAUGAUCCUGGCCCUGGAGCUGUGCGAGGAGAUCGUGGUGUACGGGAUGGUCAGCGACAGCUACUGCAGAGAGAACAGCCAUCGCUCCGUGCCCUACCACUACUUCGAGAAGGGCCGGCUGGACGAGUGCCAGAUGUACCUGGCGCACGAGCGGGCCCCACGGAGCGCCCACCGCUUCCUCACCGAGAAGGCCGUGUUCUCCCGCUGGGCCAAGCAGCGGCACAUCGUGUUUGCCCACCCGUCCUGGGACGCAUAGGGGCCGGGGCACCCUGGCUCUGGCCACGCCCACAGGACCACGCCCACGACAGGCCACGCCCCAUCUGACAAAGGGCCCGAUUGGCCGUGCCCCUGACCUGACCUCACUCUGCUAGAACAUGCCAGAGGGAUCUGCUGCCCCCCCCCCCCCCCCCCGCACUCUGGCUCCCUUCCUGCCAGGUGGAGGCCACCAGCCCCUCUGUGCCUCCAGACCUGGGGAUGAAUAGGAGGGGGAGGGUCAUGUGACCUCUGCUCUUCUGCAAUCAUCUGGAUGGAAGUGUAGGGGUUCAGUCCACUCCGUGUCUGUGCAGUGGCCUUUGCCCCGGGGCGGGCAGCGCCCCUACUCACCAGCAUCAUGCUCUUGGACUUGCUCUCCAGUGCCCCUCUGCCUGCCUUCGGUGCCACCCUUUCCUGGCCGGCUGCCCAGAAACGGGUUUGUCGGUUGGAGGGGACUCUCAGCUGUGACUCGGGGUUCUGGAGGAGAUGGUAAAUGAGUUUUCUUGA